AUGGUAGGAAAAAGCUCGCCGUUCAAGAGCUUUACACACCAUCGUGGGAACUCCGCUGACGGGACACAACAUCGCAAGACUCCAUCGAUUGGACAGCAAAAUCCACCUGUUGCGGGCCAUACGAGAAAUGCAUCACGUUCAUCCAAUACGUCUGUGAGCUCCAACUUUUUGGCGGAACAAUACGAGCGUGACAGAAAAGCUAUUUUGAGCAGCUGUUUUACAGAGGACACAACAGCGGGUUCUGGAAACGGCCCAAGGCUUUCCAAGACAUAUGUGACGCAUGUGCGGAUCAUAGAAGACACACGUUACCCCAGCUCUAGACCACCAGCUUCGUCCCCGCUAACCAACAAGAAAAAAAGGGUGCUCAUCGUGAGCGCCUUGACAAAUGGGGCUGGAAUGCAGAUUCAUAAAGCGCGUGAAAAUAGCAAUGGAUCGUUUCAGAUCGGCAGAACGUGGUCCCUGAAGGAGCUGUUGUGUGUUGAGCGUGACUUAGAACAAUCGGAGGGGUUUUUGCUCACCAUGGGUAAGCGAUACUAUUGGGAAACCAAUACUGCCAAAGAGCGCACGGUUUUCAUUAAAACCCUAAUCAAAAUAUAUAUGGAAGACUCUGGUGGACGCGUGCCACAAUUACUUCACUGGGACCUAGCGCUGUUCUAUUUGGACAAAAGCAGCUACCAAAGAGCUUUGAUUUCCUCGGCUCAACGUAAGGACCCGCCGAGCUCGGCCUCCGUUACUUCAAGACCACCGACAGCUGGCUCCGGGCAGUCCUCGAGUGCGAGCGCUCUUGAUGCACCACCCCAUGUCUCUCCUGCCCCGGUAAAGCUUCCAGCACUCGCACAACAACCAAAACAACCGCGGGGUCCGUCAAAUGCAAUGUCCACACCAAUAGCGGCUCCAAAACCUGAGAACCUCCGACAAGAAGUCCCGAAGCCUAGUGCGGCUUCUAAGUCUCAAGUUCGUGGACCUCCUACACAACAAAUUGUCAGUCUUUCUCGUACGCCAUCCUCUCAACUAAACAGGUCGACACCGUCUUUGAAAAGCCAGAACGAGGCUACCAGCAAACAACCAGGCGUCUCAACCAAAGACGAAAAUUCGCAACAGAACCUGAGCUACGUCGAGCCGUUGAAUUUGCCAUCAUCUCAGGCAACACCUACUGCUAAUGAAGAUCUGAACAGCAAAUCCACAGUCUACCAUUAUGCAGAAGUGAGACGUUCUCAGACUCCUGAAUCGAGCAGUUUUUUAUCGGAACUCAACUCUGUUCUCAGAGAGCCGUCUAAUCCGCCUGAUAUCAAACCUCAUGCUUUGAGCGAAAAACAAGACAUCCACUCUACACAUGGGAAACCUGCCAUCGAGAAGAAUGAGAUGAUCGAAUUUGAUGACUCAAAAAGAUAUGCUUCAUCGACCGAAGGACCUUCACUCGAUGUCGACGAGAAUGCUAACGAGCUUUCUUUUGAAAAAGGCGAUGAAGUUCGCUAUAGCCAGAUUUGGACCGAAGAAGAGGAUAACUUUAACACAGAACCAGAUACACAUGAAGUUGGUGACGACAAAAGCGAUGACGAACGUCAUGCAUAUCAUGAAGUUUCCGUGAUUCGGGAAGAGCCUGUUGAAUCCGCGGUCGGCGGCGCAAAAAAAGAAGCUUCAUCUACAGCUCUUAAUGCUCUUGGCGGAAUAGAAAAUGAGUUGUUGAUGGAAACACUUGAAGGUGUCAAUUGGUCUGUCGAAGACGACUCUGCCGAACUUCUCUCUAAACUUGCCAACAAACUUGCGAAUACCGAGUAUCUCCUGAACAAAGAGCUCGUGGCUUUGCCAACCACCAGUUCGGCAUUUCCCACUUUCCGGCAGAAGGUCCUCGCGGAAUGCGAAAAAGUGGAUCCCACCUUGUCAUUUUUUGCAAUGGAGCUAUCAACAGUGUCAAGAGACAUCGAAUACGUGGAGAAUCAAGAAAAUGGACUACAAGUUGAGAGUGCCAAUAAGAAGAUGCUAUGGAAGGAGCUCUCAGACGUCUUGAGCUCAGUCUCUGUGGACGAGGUCACGCUGAACAAUAUUUUAGCGCUUCCUCUAAGUGAAAGAAACUUACAAAUGAUCGAAAACCUGCUGCAGCCACUUUAUACAGCCUUGAAAGCCAUUCGUGGCGAUGCUGAGGAGAGAGAUAGAAACCUGGGCGUUAUGAGAGCUUUGAUCGAGAGGAGACAAGCUUAUGAGAUUGUGACAGAACGCUUCAUCAAGCGCGUAGCCGACGAAAUCCACAAUAAAUUUGUUAAUCUGCAACAUGAAAAGGUUGCAAUCGACCAGCUCUCAAAUGUGCUUUCUAGAUUUUUGAUGUUUUCCUCAGUAAUUCUCUUCACUAAAGACAUUGCGUCUGAGGUUUAUACAAAAAUGAUUGAUGAUGCAGCACACGAAACCCAAAUUCUCCUAGACAAAAAAUCAGCUCCUCUCCUGAAAAGUCUGGGGGCACGCCUAAAAAUGGAAGGCAACAAGGAUGCCGUGUCGAGUCUGUCUGAUCAGAAAGAGCUACUUAACCGGUGGAAAACCGAUCAUGCAAUGAAACAAUUCAGACCAGUGAAGCCAAAAAAUGCGGAAACUUUACAUGAGUUGAUCAGCGCUCUUCAGACAAUGGAAUCGCUAGCGUUCACCUACCAGAAUUUUUUCGGAGCCUUCUUUCAUUUAAAUGAUGGUCUCGUCUUUGAGGAAUACGUGGCUACGUACCCUGAGCUAAGCUCUCGACUUCUACCAAUGGGGGACAUCCAGCCAAUUGAAUCAGACCGUGAAUCUGCACAAUUGAAGACUCAAUUGAUGACAAGAAUUUUUCAGUCCAUUUACAAUGAUUUCUUUGGUGAGAUUCUGAACUUGUUAAAAAAACGAGCCUCAUUAAUUCCGCUUGUUCUGCUUUAUCUCGAAGGCUCUAUCAAACGCUACAGUGAAUCAAAUCAAGAAUUCCUUGUGACCACAUUUCAAAAAUUCUUCACGAGGUUUGCCGUGGAGUGGCAAGGAUAUAUUGAAGAUCAGAGUACGGCAAUUGAAAGGGUUUCCAUCGAUUUUAAUUCCAAAGGCGUAACGCCUUUUGCCGUAGGACUGCCCGCUUUUGUCGCGCAAAUUGAGGACGAAGUAUUUUUCACGAGUGAGGAGUUGCGGAUUAACGACUACGAGUAUCCGAGAUGCCGUGGAAUUCUUGACAAGUCUUUCAACGACUUGGGUCAAGCUUUGCUGACGCUUCUUCAGAAAGGUUCGCACAUUGCCUCAUCAGAUAACAUGAUACCACCUACGACUGCACUGAAUGAAACCUCCAAAACGGUCUGGUUGCUUAGAAACUGCAACUGGAUGAUGGAAGUUUUUCCGAGCUCUGGUAACGAGUCUCUUUUCACUGAUUGUCUACAGGCCACUAGACGCAUUUUCAACGUUGAAAGGGACAGGUACGCAGAAUCCUUGUUACGCAACUCAAUGAACCAUUUAUACAGUUUUGUUGACGGCGCUUACAAUCUGAUGGAGAUGUCGAAAAACCGCGUUGUUACAUCUUCACAAUGGACCGUCUACAGUCAACAGAAUCUGAACAAGAUUCUUGAGAGGUAUUCCUCCGCGGAAAUUACGGCGGUCAUCAGCAGACUUUACGAAACGAUACAGCAAGACAUUCCCAGCAAAGAUCAGAACGAGGUAAAUGCCGUUCUUUUGGAUAGAUUGUGGUCAUGUACCCAAGGCCAGACAGUUUCGCUCUAUUUGAAACUAUACACUCUGAUUGAGAAGCAUUACAAAGGUUGCAGCCCUAAAUUUACAAAGAACGACAUAAUAUCUGCCUUCAACUACCAUAAGAGCGCAGUUUGA